AUGGUGUUAUGUUCUGAUGAUGAUCAUCAAUUACAACCACUUUUUCAACAUAUGAAGAAUGAAUCAGGUAAUGACGAAACAGAUUUGUAUACAUUUGGACAUGUACUUUGCGAAAUGGGUAAAUUAGAUGAUGCUGAAAAAUAUUUUCGUCGUUAUUUGCAAGAACAAUCGAAUUAUAAUCAAAAUCUUUCUAUUUGCUAUUUUGCACUCGGAAGAGUGACCUAUUCGAAAUGA